AUGACGUUAGUAUCUCCGAUACCGUUUGCGUUCCGAUUAGUGCCCAUCGGAGGGUUGGAGUAGGCGCUGAGCGGCAGCGGGGGAGCAUGGAGAUGCUACCAAUCCCAGCGCUGUCGAAAGGGGGGGGUCUAGCCAUUGUUGUCCGUUGGGGACUCAGAGACGCAGCUGCACAGAUGCGAUGAAGGAGGAACUGAGCUUGGGAGGACAAGGAACAUCCAGUAGCAUCAAUCCUGACUGUCCUCGACGUAACUGGUAUUGGGAACAAGGUAGCUCUGUGGCUUGAACAGAACGGUACGGGAGCUUGGGGCCCUCGAGAAUGGGCGAAAGUGUUCAACGAUCCUGUGGAUCUUGUGGAUAGUCGGGGUGGCUGCAACAAGAGCCAAUCGAGCCUGAGCUGGGUCUGAAGAAUCUUGAAGUGCUGCUGCUCAUUCCCCGGCAUAUGCAGGCAAAGUUCGCAGUCGCCACGUUGCACAAGCUGACAACCCUUCUGCUUCCACCUCCAUUAAUUUUCGUUACACAGGAAAUUGAACUUCGCGUGAGUACCAAAACUACCAUGCAACGAGGCUCAUGCUUGCUAGUGUCUGAUCGCUUUCGCAUCUCCUACGUGUAGCAACCCGGCCACGGGCGCUCAAAAGAGCUUCGAGAUCGAUGACGAGCACAAGACUCGCGUCUUCUACGAGCGAAGGAUGGGCCAGGAGGUUGACAUUUCUCAGCUCGGGGAGGAAUUCAAGGGAUACGUUGUCCGCAUCGGUGGAGCCAACGACAAGCAGGGAUUCCCAGCCAAGCGUGAGUGGACCCUGCAGCAGCCCAAGUCCACAGUUGCCGUGCUGCUUACAUACCUGCUCCCGAUCUUGCAGAGGGUGUGCUUGCUCCCAACCGUGUCCGCCUCCUUCUCGGAGCCGGCGACAGCUGCUACCGUCAGCGCCGAACCGGAGAGCGCCGUCGCAAGUCCGUCCGCGGUUGCAUCAUGGGUAGCGACAUCCAGGCCUACCAUCUCAUCAUCGUUAAGCAGGGAGAGAAGGAGAUCCCCGGUUUGACUGACGCCGAGUCCACUGUGCCCAAGCGUCUCGGUCCCAAGCGUGCUAACCGUGAGUAGGAGCGAAUCCAUCCAGAGGAUGGCGGGCAAGCAGGUGACAGCGUCAGUUAUUGCUUUGCUCUGCUGCUGACAUCACUGCUCAACGUUUGCGCCCCUUUGCAGACAUCCGCAAGUUCUUCAACUUGACGCCCAAGGACGACGUGCGCAAGUUUGUCAUCCGUCGCGAGGUCACCCCCAAGAAGGAGGGAGCCAAGCCAUACACCAAGGCGCCCAAGAUCCAGCGCCUGAUCACAUCUCAACGUUUGCAGCGCAAGAGACACCUGCGCAGCUUGAAGAAGCGCACCACUGAGCGUCAAAACGCCCAGAAGAAGGAGUACGAGGUUGUGCUGGCAAAGCGUCAGGCUGAGGUCAAGGAGCGCAACGCUGCUGCUCGUGCUCAACGCAAGUCUACCCGUGCUGCCAAGCAAGCCUAA